AUGAUAAAAAUUGUAAGAGCUAUCGAUCCCCGUCUAAAGUAUUACGAGCAAUGUACAGCUGAAGCUGAGCUGAAACUUCAUCAGUUCAAAACGGCCGCGGAGACAGAAGUCGUCUCCAAUUCACCUUUGACCUCCUCUGACCUGCUUGGGCUGACCUUGAUGUCUGGAAUGACCCUAAACCAGUCUUUGAUCAUGGUUAAGGGCAGUAUGGCCGCUGCUAGGUCGAAGACCAUGGAUAUGGCUGCUAUGCGUUUGGAUGGGGCCGCUGUGGUGGCGGAUAUGGGCGCGUUCCUACGCCAGAUGAACUUUAGCGCCAAUGCCUUCGAUGACAUCAUAGGAGAAGUUAGCACCAUCGCCCCGUCACCACCAGACACUGAUGGCUUGCAGACCGACUUGGCUGACCUGAACACCAUUCUUACAAAUCUCACUCGUUAUAAUGAUCAGCUGGACACCGACGUGUAUCUCCAUGCCAACAACAUCACACACCUGCAGAUGCAUGUUACCAUGGCUAUCGAGACUACAACAAAUGUGCAGAGAAAGUUGCUCGAGAUGCUACUUAGCCUUAACACCACUUCCAUCACAGAAUCCAUGUUACGAGAACUUACUACAUCACUCCAAGAAAGUAUCAACGCCAUAACCGGCACGCUGUAUUUACUGGAUGGACCUAGGAGAGGAAUGAUCGUCAAGCAAAUAAACGCCAAUCUCGAUUGGUAUUGGACUCUUCUUAAACAGUCUGGACCCGGGAUCACAACAGAUGAAUUAAACAAACAGGCAAGCAAACUGACUGUGUCCGCUUUGAGCCUAACCGCCAUUGUCAUGGAUGACGUGGACGCCAAACAGGUAAUAGCCGUCGGGGAUCUUACCAACAGCCUGACGCAGCUCACAGUGAACACCAUUUUCCUCACGGAUGCGGAAAUGAAGAGUGAAAUGAUGACCGGUGAGGGCGUUAUGAUGGAUGUCAAGAUCCUGGUCAGUAAUCUCACCGUGAUUCUUGCUGAAGUCUCCACCAUCAUCCACUCACCACACAGCAUGAGUGCCACUGACAUCAUGGAGCUGAACACCUUGGUGAUGGAGAUGACCGUUAUGACCUCUGACCUCGAAGGCAUCGUGCAGGAGGCUAACAAGUACAUAGUAGGCCGACAAAUGACUGGUGAGGAUACUAUGACCAAGGUUAAGUACGUUGCGACGUAUGUGUUUCAGAUGAACAUAAUGGGAUUGGUGGUGUUUAGCAUCGUCUUUGGCAUUGGGCUUGGACGAAUCAGUGGUACUGAGGAAGGACGGGUUCUUACUGCAUUCUUCUCGGGUACUAAUACGGUCGUCAUGAAGCUUGUGCAGGUACUCAUGUGGUACGCCCCUUUUGGUAUCUUCUUCCUGAUCGUUGGCAGUAUGGCUGAGGUAGAUGACUGGGGUACUAUCCUAUCCCAGCUAGGUCUGUAUAUAGCCACCAUUCUGGCUGGUCUUGCCAUCCAUGGCUUGAUCGUUCUACCAGGUCUCUACAUCAUUAUCACACGCAAGAAUCCCUUCAAGUAUCUGCUCAGAUUAUCCCAUGCACUGGUGACGGCUUUAGGGACUUCCUCUAGUUCAGCAACGCUUCCUGUCACUACAAGAUGCUUGGAAGAAAAGAACAAGGUAGACAGCCGAGUGGUUCGCUUUAUGCUUCCAGUGGGGGCGACAAUCAACAUGGAUGGUACCGCCCUCUACGAGGCAGUGGCUGCCAUCUUCAUUGCUCAAAUGAAUAAUGUGUCGCUGAACGUAGCCCAGAUAAUAACCGUCAGCUUGACAGCAACCUUUGCCAGUAUUGGCGCAGCUGGUAUCCCGCAGGCCGGGCUGGUAACCAUGGUUAUCGUUCUGAGCGCCGUUGGCUUGCCAACAGAUGACAUAGCACUGAUCCUUGCGGUGGACUUUAUACUGGAUCGAAUUCGAACCAUGAUAAAUGUUGAGGGUGACUCAAUCGGAGCUGGGAUCGUAGCACACCUCUCUAGACACGAUCUGGCUCAAGAUGACGAGAGACAACAAGACGUUGAAGGCAACUUGGUAUUUGGGAACGGGCAUGCCAUGAAUGGGGACGGGGUCGCAGGUGUGGACGCUACCAAUCAAGCAUUUAUCGUACCUACUCUCUAUGAACAAACUAAUAUGUAAACGUCUGAAAUAAGAAUGAUUGUAAUAGGGUUUUAUUGAGGUUUUGUUGAAACGGUUUGGUCUGAAUACUGUGGGUAAUUCUAUAAAUUCGGGGUCCAAUUUUUUGGUGUCCCUGUUACAUCUAACAUCAGAUUUUGUAAAUUCAGAACACAUUUUUUCAUGCCUUCUACCUCCAAGAGUGAUUAUGUAAUGCAAAUUACCUGCUUAACAAUUUAAAAUAGUUUGAGGUCAAUUUCAAUGAUAUUUUCAUGCCAAAUUACACACAUGUCGGGUGUAACAGGGACGCCAGAAUGUCCCACUUUUGUACCCCAAAUUUAUAGAAUGACCCUAUGCUGCACCCAUGCCCAACCCAACCUUACUGAAAUCAAGACCUCAUUUAUUGUCCAGCCCAGCCCAGCCCACCCAGCCCAACCUUACUCAACUAAACACAACUUUCUCAUAUAACCGCACGCCGUAAAGUUCAAACGAUAUAACAUGACUUGGUGAGGGUAUGGGCAUAAUAUUUUAAGUUUGUCCGUGUUUGUGGGAUGUCUAUCCUAUAUUGUUAUACCUCUGUCUUGAAUACUGUAUCUUCAUUGGCCUAGAACGAUCAUGUGUUAAGUUUAUAAAAAGU